GCGAUUCCGUCGUCACGGUGCUCGUCGCCCGUUGCACAUUUCAUUUCGGUCCAGUUCGGCCCGGUCCGGUCAGUCAGACCUCAGUGAGUCAGUCAGUCGCGAGUCGCGCUGCCGGUGGUUGUAAGGAUAGUGUGUGUGCAGCACUGCAGCGUGUGUUUAGAAUUUUUGGAGUCGUGCGGAUGCGCUCGCCUUCUUCCCCGUCUCCGCCUGUUCUCCCGGCGCCUUCCAGUCGUUGCCGCCGUCAUCGUCGCAACACGUACUUUUACGAGGACCCGCACGUCACGACGGGCACACGAUGUCGGGGGACGAGCCGUUUCACAGCCUUUUCACAGCGACGGACAGCAUCGACGGUAUCUGGCCCUUCCUGCAAAGCAUCGAUUGGAGGGAUCCAUGGCUAGCUGCGCUAUUGACUUUUCAUAUUGCCGUCACAAUGACCGCGUUAAUGACAAGGAACCAUGCGAAUUUUCAGAUAAUCCUGUUUCUCGUGCUCUUACUCCUGGUUUAUUUCUCAGAAAGUAUUAACGAGGUUGCGGCAACAAACUGGAUGGUAUUUUCUAGACAGCAGUACUUCGAUUCACAAGGCUGGUUUAUAUCCGUCGUUUUCUCCGUGCCCAUUUUAAUGAACUGCAUGAUCAUGGUGGUGAGUAUAUUAGCUAAAUUAGCUUCGAGAUUUGAUUUUGAACGAAUACGCCAGUUGUAAAAAGCCAUAAAUCGCCAGACAAACGGUGAGGCGACGAACGAAAGAACGGUUGCCCGAUCUCGCCAAUCGGACGGUGAGGCGGCAAAUGUGAGAACAGCUGCUCGACCUCGCCAGUCGGACGGCGAGGCAACGAAUGAGAUAACGGCUGCCCGACUGAAACACGAGUGAAGAUCCGAAAAUCUAGUCAUAACACGCGGCGGAACGAGAGUGCAAGACAUAUGUGCUAUUUAAUUUAAGGACAAGAGAGAAUCGCUAGGAUUAUAUUUACGUCGACUUACAGCUAGAUUUCACAGAGCGCUGUGUAUUCUUAGCCAUCGUCGACUUGGUAAUCGUUCUGAACUCGACCGUGAAACGCCGAUUAGCCAGUUUGAUAUUACACGCGAAAACUUGCGCAACAGAAAAGGGAGGGGAAAAUAAAUAGAACAAUACAUCGGUACUAUCGGAACAAUAAUCCACGUCGGAGUUGCCUAGUCAAACUCUCCGUUAGAACGUACCUCCCGACAUCGUGCCGUAUUACACACAACGAUUUUAUGGAAUUAAACCGUUUGAUGCGCGAAACGCAACUGGAUUGAUGAUAGAUAAUCGGCCGUGCUACGAACAAUAACUACGCAGAAGGAGCAUGGCAAUGCGGCAAGCAACGUGCUUGUUCUUGUCUUACCAUUUAAGGCCGACUUCGACCAAACUGUAGUCAUAGCUAUCAUUUUUUUAGCAACUGUAAUUAUAUUAUCUAUUUAUAAUCAGCGACUAAUUGCCUAGCAGAAAAAUAUCCUAUUGUAUUAUGCAAUUAGUAUAGCACCUGUGACCUUUAAUUUUUCUUUUAACGUGAAAUGCAGCGGAAAUGGAAAAAAAAGUUAAUGAUUCUGCUUAUGAACUAAAUUGCAUUUAAUACAUUCAUCAUAAUACCGCCGGAGGCAAUUAAUCGGAGCUUGGUCGAGGUUGCCCAUAAAGAACAUUCCACUAGUUUAUUCACAUUGUUUUGAUAUUCAGACACUGAUCGUGAAAAUCAAAGUGUUCUUAAUAUGUGUAAUUAACGUACUUAUUACAUAAAAUAGCGCAGGCACGUCACUUUUACUGUAAUAGCUCCGCUGUAAAGAGACAUAACGCAUUAAUUAAGGACCCAGAUAACACAAUAACAUCUGUGUGAGUGUGUGUGUAUGCGCGAGGAAAUUUUGCGUGAGUUUUGCAAGUGCAGGUAACAGCCUUCCACGACUACGAGUCGUGCUUCACGAUUUUGACGAAGGAAUAUAGAAUGUCCCAGGGUGUGGUGUGUUGUAUUGUUUUCAAUUGUAUAUUGUAUAUUGAUGUAAAUCAAAGCGCAUUACUUUGCCGCCUUUAUAUUUAAUAUAACGCGUUUAAUCGUUUUAAGAUAAUAAAAGAGUAUUUGUUCAUACAAGUCUCGCGUUUUGCUCUUCUGUCGCAUUCUUCAUUCGCCCUCCUUUCGUAACGCUGACUCGGCAAAUUGCAAAUCUUAUUAAAUGUACUUGAGUGUGUAUGGAUUCGUUUUUAUAUGUUUUCCUACGUAUCAUUACAGAUGACUCAUGCAAACGCGAUACAAAUUUGUUAUCGCUAUACGAAGUACUAUUGGCAUGCUUAAGACAAUCAAUCUUAGACAAUCAUGGUAAUAACUUUCAGUUAUAAUUACAUUUUAUAGACAUCCUGAUCAUGAUUAUUUUUUAAACCCACUUUACGAUUUGAG